AAUGCACUUGUAAGAUUAAUCUCUGCUAAGGAGGAGGAGCACCAGUGCAUUUGAGGUAUCUCAGUAGCUGUCAGAUCCAGUGCUCACAGGAAGAGACAUGUGAAGACAUCUUAUCCAUUGCAUCAGUUUGUUACUUUAUGUUUGAAGUCUGCUUUGUGUGUUGGCACUCCCAAGUGAUCUGAAGCAGUGAGCUGAGAUUACAAAGAAACCAGUUAGUGUGUUUGGAUGUGCAGCAUCUUUGAUCGGAGGAUUUGAAUGCAAAGAAAAAGAGCUGGACCUGAGAAAGGAAAUAAAUGAAGACCUUUCUUAUGUGAGAUGGGAGCUGUGCAGGUGGUCUUGAGCAGCGGGCUACGUGAUAAUCAAGCUGUGAACUUCAUGUGCCGGUCAAGAAGCACUGAAAUGAGCUUUAUGAGCUCUUUGCCUGUCUAGUUGAGCGAGUCAAGCUUCAGUUUGAUCAGCCCUCCUGAUAUUCUCAGAGCAGGAGUCCCAGCGCAUUGCACAGUCCAGCAGGACCGAGGAACUUUUACAUUUGCUCUCCAGAGGAUCUGGAUCUGGCUGACUUGACUUUGUUUCUUGGAGACACUGCUCUCUUUCAUUGAAUUUUCUCUGUGAUAACAGUGCAUCCUCUGAGACAGGAUGCAGGUGUCGUUUGUUUGCACGGACCACCGGUCCAUGAGCCGUAGCACGGAUGACAGGCUCAAUCGACAAAACACUAACAGUCCAAGCACUGGUACCCGAAGCAAGUUCAAAGCUGUGGCCAUGGUGGCCAGGAGCCUCGGGCAGCUUUCCGUCCAGAGCGUCCCUUCUUCAAGUGACCAAAGCAUGAGAACUGGCAUGAAGUAUAGAAACCUGGGGAAGUCGGGCCUGAGAGUCUCAUGUCUUGGAUUAGGAACAUGGGUGACAUUCGGAGGACAGAUCACAGAUGAGAUUGCAGAGCAGCUGAUGACUCUGGCGUACGAGAAUGGGAUCAAUCUGUUCGACACGGCAGAGGUCUACGCUGCAGGAAAGGCGGAGAUGGUGCUGGGCAACAUCAUAAAGAAGAAAGGAUGGAGACGCUCCAGCUUAGUCAUUACAACCAAAAUAUUUUGGGGUGGAAAAGCAGAGACUGAGAGAGGACUGUCAAGAAAACACAUUAUAGAAGGAUUGAAGGCAUCAUUGGAGAGACUGCAGUUAGAAUAUGUGGACGUAGUGUUUGCAAACAGACCAGACCCCAACACACCCAUGGAAGAGACUGUGCGAGCGAUGACCCAUGUGAUCAAUCAGGGAAUGGCGAUGUACUGGGGAACAUCACGCUGGAGUCCGAUGGAAAUCAUGGAAGCGUACUCUGUGGCCCGACAAUUCAACCAGAUCCCACCAAUCUGCGAACAGUCAGAGUAUCACAUGUUCCAGAGGGAGAAGGUGGAGGUGCAGCUUCCCGAGCUCUUCCAUAAGAUCGGUGUGGGUGCGAUGACAUGGUCCCCGCUGGCCUGUGGGAUAAUCUCAGGGAAAUACGACAGCGGGGUGCCAGCCUACUCUCGCGCCUCACUGAAGGGCUACCAGUGGUUGAAGGACAAGAUCUUGAGCGAGGAGGGCCGACGCCAGCAGGCGAAGCUGAAAGAGCUGCAGGCAAUCGCUGAGCGGCUGGGCUGCACGCUGCCACAGCUAGCCAUCGCGUGGUGCCUGAGAAAUGAAGGUGUGAGCUCUGUGCUCCUUGGAGCCUCCAGCACGGAUCAGCUCAUGGAGAAUAUAGGAGCAAUACAGGUUCUUCCAAAGUUAUCUUCCUCCAUCGUGCACGAGGUGGACAGUAUCCUGGGCAACAAACCCUACAGUAAAAAGGACUACCGCUCCUAGUGUGGGACGGGACGGGACCAGAUGCUCCACACCCACCUUUGCCUGAUCCUCCGUUCGCUUCAGCUUUUACUGAAUGAGUACCGGCCGCAUGAGACGGGCAAGCACCCACAAACCCUGGAGAGCAAGACUUUUAGAACACAAAGGGCAAGAAACGUAAAAAAAAAAAAAAAAAAAAAAAAGACACGUCACUGACUGAGGGGUUGACAUUCAGGAUAGAGAGCGAUGCAUUGAAGAUAUGUGCUUACGGAUUCUUCUGUAUGAGUACUUUAAAACCAGAUCAUUAGGGUAAUUCAGAACAAAAUGAAAAAUAAUAUGCUUAAAAAAAUGUUUUUUUAAAUAACAUGCUUGCUUGAUUAAUGGAAAUAUUAAGUUUUUCUCUUUUUUUUUUUUCGUAUCGAAUGCAUAAAUGGAGCUCAAGCUGAAAUAGGUGAUCCAUAGCCACUCAUGUGAUCCAUCUGGGUUUGCACACAUCGUUCACGUCAUCGAGGUGUCCUGCCCCAGAACUCUUCACUGUGUCGUCUGCGUUACGUAUGCAAACGCCCCCCUUUCGCAGGCAAACCAAUAAGCACUUUAAGAGAACAACAGAGGGCGUGGCUUUGUGAAAACUGAUUUAAAAGCAGCUCCUCUCUAGUGUAGAACGGGGCGAAAAAUCAAUGGCUUUUCCUGAUUCUGCACAGGGCAUUGCUUCGUCUGUGUCCGCUCCUCACUGUUUAGCCUCAAAAUACGGCCCUGGCUUCUCGCGUGUCAUUGCUUUGCUAACAGGGCCGCCAGAGAUCACUCCAUCAGAUGUCUGUGUGACUGCUGAAGAUCGUUGCAAACUGAGGGCCAUGAGCCUCGGAGGUCUUCCAUCCACAGUAACCUGCUCCCAGCACACGUUUACACGCGGAGUUAUUAGAGUUUAAGUGUAGAUCCAUUAUCUGAAGUACUAAUCAGAUAAGCAUGCUUUUGAAGUAUUUAAUGUGAUUACUGCAACAUUUUACAUCUGAAGAGUGAAUGUUAAGAAAUUUCAAAAGAUGUUCUGGUCAUAUUUCACCCCUGAAUCAAUAUCUAUAUAAAAAAUAAUAAAUAAAAAAUUAUUAUAUUUUUUAUUUUAGGACCAUUACAACUGGUUUAUUAAUCUAGCUGUGACAAUUUCCAUGAUAAUUAAGUUCAUUUCUGGCAUUUCUUAUUAAUGUAAGGUGCGUGUGUAUAUACAAUAAUAGAAUACUUACUAGGACCAUUACAUUUUUAUUUAUUUAUUUUAUUAUUAUUUUUUGGCAUUGUGAUUUAUGACUAUUUUUAUGAUAAUUAUUAAAUUUUUCCUACAAGUUAUCUAAUGUUAUAUGGGGGGGGGGGGUGUAUCUUUCUAAUUAUUGGAACGCAUAUAUCUACAUCCUGCUAAUAUUUGUAAUUGUUUAUAUAUAUAUAUAUAUAUAUAUAUAUAUAUAAAGUCCAGACACAAUGCUUUACAGUAUUAUGACUUUUUUUUAAGUAAAAGAAAUGUAAAAAAAAAAAAAAAGAAAAGAAAGUGAGAGAAAGAUAAACAUUCAUUAGUGGAAAUAAUUGUCACAUAAUGUAAAAAAAAUUUUUUUUU